AUGUGGGAUAACUUACCCAGCAUUCUUCUCGCUCGUCUUCGCAACAUUUACUCCGAUCGAAAGAUGCUGCAUAACUCGGGAUCGGCACCGAAUCUUGUCCAGUCACUCGUCCAUGAUGCGGAGACCAUGGCAAGAGAAGGCUACCACGGCCUCCUCAUCACUCUAGACGUCGACUCGGCCUACCCCUCGGUUCAGCCGUCAAUCCUUCGCGAGGUCCUGAGAGACCAAGGCUGGCCACGCUGGCUGUGUGAAGCGGCGGCGGAUUUUUGCCAGGACCGUUGCUUCUCUUUCCGAUGGGCUCAAUCGUCCUUCCGCUCGGACACGGGCCUCCCACAAGGCUCCCCAUGGUCCCCGAUCCUUUUCGUCCUGUACUCGCUACCGAUCAUUACCCCCUCACAACAAGGGACCGCCUUCAUGUACAUGAACGACCAUGCGCAACUGUCGUGGAGCAAACACCCAAUACAACUGGCCCACCAGGCAUCUCUUAGGGUCAAUCAGCUGUGCACUAAGGCCCGAGGGCUCGGCCUCAGGGUCGACCCGAACAAGACUGAGGUCCUCUACAUUCCCUCCGCAGCACUGGGGCGUGGCAGGAUCGACCCCACAACGAUCUCGACCCAGGUGGAGAGGACGUCCUUCCUCCCCGCUGUGAGGGCGGCGACGACAGCAUCGGUGGUGGGGCUGGUCGAGCGCUUAUCCAACACGGGGCUCCGGGGCUUUCCCCCCUCGGCCGGCCCCAAGAUAUUCGACGCGAUCGUCACCCCUUCCCUUCUGUAUGGCAUGGUCCAACUCGAUAACCGGCCCUACCAGGGCCGCGGUUAA